UUUCGGUAUUCUUUGUUUAUUUUAGAUUCCCCCUUUUAACAAUAGGCAGCUAUAUAACAAAAGGGGAUAAUGGGCGCGUCAUUAAGCUCAAAAUUUCUUUUCUAAUUAUGCGACGAAAUGUCCCAUGCUUCCAAGGUCACAUUUUGGACAAUAGGAUGACUAAAGCCAUAAUUUUGGUGUUUAGACACUUUUCGAAACUCGGAUUGAUCUAUUAUUUUCAAAUAAAAUCACAUUUCUACAUUUUAAUUUCAAAACUAUUUUGUUUUCUUUGUGUGCUUUUAUAAAAUUAUUUUGGUAAAAAUUUUUUGAAAAUUUUUGUUUUAAACUUUUGAAUUUUCUAAGAUUGUUAUAUUUUUGUUUUAAUUUUUAAUUAAUUUUAAUCAAUUUUUUAAUUUUUUAAAUAAAAUGGCUGCAAUUAUUGAUGAAGACCCUAUUGGUGUAGAACACGUUGAUGAUGACCCUUUGGCUACUGAUGGUGGAAAACUUGAAUCAGAAGAUGGCCGUGAAGAAGUUUUUGUAAAGCCGUUGAUAACUUAUUAUUGUCAUUGUGGUCAAAUGUCUUUAAUUUCUGAUACUCCAAUUGCAAGAAUGCCUUUAAGAAAGCGUGAUGGGGCGCGUGUUAUUGACCCAAAAUGGACAAUUGCAAAAAUGUUUUAUGACAAUGGAGAUACUGUUUAUAUUCGCCGUCCAGAAGGUUUGGAACAACAAUAUAGAAGAAAUUGCCGUAAAUGUGGAGUUCCAAUAUUUUAUCAACACCCUUUUAAUCUUCAAAUAACCUUCAUUUUUGAAUCGGCGCUGUUAUCUGCUAAUGAAAUUGGGGGAAUUACUGGAAAUAAUGAAGAGGAAAAAGUACAAAAAGUUAUGCUUAAAAAACAUGUUAGAAAUCAAGGCAAAGUCGGUUCUGUAACCGUAAGUACAGUUAAUGAUGAAGAAGAGGAAGUAGAAGCUAAAGAAGUUCUCGAAAGUUAUUCUCUUAAUGCUAGAAUUGUUGAAGAGGCAAUGACCCGAAAAGGAAUGAUUCGAAAACGAAUGCUUGGAGAAGAAAAGAAUAAAUCGGAACAGGUUAGAACAAAAAAGAAGCAUGGAACGCUUUAA